AUGGGGAAGUUUGUUGUUCUUUACUUUGAUGGUAUCUUAGUUUUUAGCAAGGAGGAAGUCGAACAUGAGAAAUAUUUGGAGAAGGUUUUUGAAACCUUAAGAAGGGAGAAGUUGUAUGCACAACUCAAGAAGGGCAUCUUUUAUGCUGAUAGCGUUUGCUUCCUUGGUUACAUAGUAACAAGUGCUGGUAUUCAAGCUGAUCCAAGCAAGAUAGAGGCAAUCUUAAGUUGGCCAACUCCUAGGUCAAUUUCAGACAUAAGGAGCUUUCAUGGAAUGGUGUCCUUCUAUAGACGGUUUAUUAAGAAUUUUUUUUGCACAUUGGUUGCUCCUAUAACUGAGUGUUUGAAGGGAGGCAUAUUCAAGUGGAAUGAAGCUGCCUAA